CUUGUUUUCCACAGAGCUAAUUCUAACUUCGCUCCUCCGACAUGAAGUUGAACAACACAUGGCGGGGGGAAAGCAGCACAGAGGGCCUUUCCAGGGGGUCCGCGUGAAGAACUCGGUGAAGGAGCUCCUGCUGCACUUCAGGAGCAGCAAACAGAUGUCCUCGGGCUCUGCCGCGGAGGAAGGCAAGGCACAAGGAGGAUUGGUGAACUACGAGCAGUACACAGCAGAGCUGAAGAGCAUACUAGGUCACAGUGGCAAAAGAAAGGCUCCUGAGCUGCUUUCUGAUGGACCGUCCUUCAAACGCCAAGCUAAUGUUCACCCACACCUCCUGACACCACCCCAAACGCCAACUUCUAUGGAUAACAUGGAGGAGACUCAUAAAACUGACCCAAAGCAUGACAGCAAUUCUGAUCUGCUUCAGAACAUUAUAAACAUCAAGAAUGAGUCGAGCCCUGUUUCUCUGAGCACGGUGCAGGUUAGCUGGUUGCACUCUGUCUCCAGUCACAGCUCGCCCGGUGAGCAGUACCAGGACAGCCUGGGAGCACAGGCUUUCUCCCCGUCUCAGAAAUACCAAGCCUUCCAAGAUCACACCUCCCAGCAUAUGCUUGAUCCGGUGCAGCAUUGCCAAUUCCCUACAUCCCAGAACCAGGAUUUGUCGCAGAGCUAUCCUUCAGAUGCCUCCCUGGAGUACAGGCCAUUUGCUGCCAAUGACCAGUCUCCUGGCUACCAGCAGAAUACCUUUGAGAGCCAUGAACUGCAGUACUGCCCGUCGCAGAGCUUCUCCUCCCUCUUGAAUGACUCCGAAGGCUCAGAGGGCAUCUCUGUUCCCCUCCAGCCGCUGACCAGUGCCCACCCACAGGCUGAUGUUGGUCCCCAUGCUCCAAACUUCAGCUUGCUUUCCAAUAACCUCUGUAGUAGUCUGGAGCGUAGUGUCUCUUUGGCUACUUUGAAUGUGUCUCUACCUGACCAAAAUGUUGCCAGAAGCACGACGCAACUGGGCAAGUCGUUUUUUCAAUGGCAAGUGGAGCAGGAGGAAAACAAACUGGCUAACAUCUCUCAAGACCAGUUCCUUGCAAAAGACUCAGAUGGAGACACCUUCCUUCACAUCGCGGUUGCCCAGGGCCGGCGAGCGCUCUCCUAUGUCCUUGCAAGAAAGAUGGCUGCCCUGCACAUGCUGGAUAUUAAAGAGCACAAUGGCCAGAGUGCUUUCCAGGUUGCUGUGGCGGCCAAUCAGCAUCUCAUUGUGCAGGACUUGGUUAGCUUGGGGGCUCAAGUCAACACCACAGACUGCUGGGGGAGAACGCCGUUGCAUGUUUGUGCCGAGAAGGGGCAUGCCCAGGUCCUUCAGGCCAUCCAAAAGGGAGCCAUGGGAAGCAAUCAGUAUGUGGACCUUGAGGCAACAAACUAUGAUGGUUUGACAGCAUUGCACUGUGCUGUUCUGGCCCAUAACGCUGUGCUGCAUGAACUGCAAAACAGUCAGCCACCUCACUCCCCUGAGGUCCAGGAGCUUCUGCUGAGAAACAAGAGCCUGGUAGAAACCAUUAAGACUCUGAUACAAAUGGGAGCCUCUGUUGAAGCAAAAGAUCGCAAGAGUGGUCGCUCAGCUUUACAUUUGGCAGCAGAAGAAGCGAACCUGGAGCUCAUUCGUCUCUUUUUGGAGCUGCCCAACUGUCUCUCUUUUGUUAAUGCAAAGGCUUACAACGGCAACACAGCACUCCACGUGGCUGCCAGCCUGCAGUAUCGGGUGAGCCAGCUGGAUGCUGUGCGCCUGCUGAUGCGAAAGGGAGCUGAUCCAAGUGCCAGAAACUUGGAGAAUGAGCAGCCAGUUCAUCUGGUUCCUGAUGGCCUUGUAGGAGAACAGAUAAGACGUAUCCUAAAAGGGAAGGCGAUUCAGCAGAGAGUGUCGCCGUUUUAAGCUCCAUGUUUCUUGGAGUUCAGCAACUCACACUCACUGUCAGUCAGGCAGUCCUAAUGUAUCUGUAAAUAGACCAUUUGCCCGGUGUGGGCAAAUGUUAGUUGUUUCUAUGAAACAAAAGUAUUUUGUUCACUAUUGUAUAGUGGGUUAUAUAAGAGUAAAAAAAAAAAAAAGAAAACAAAACACCAAGGCCCAACAAUCAAACUGCUCUGAGCAAAUGGGAGUGUUUCAUUCCCAAGUAUGUGGAACAUUUGCCUGGAUACCUGGAUUUCAUACCUAUGUCAAGACUGACUUUAUUUAAACAGCCAUACAGAUAACUUCUGGGCAAGGACAGUUCUACAGGAAAUCUUUUUAUCUAGAGAGGGCUGAUACAUGUCAACAUUGCAGAGUUGUUUUUGUUGUGUUUAUUAAAAACACUUAAAUAUUAAGUCCAAGAGAAAUCAAAUAUUUUUGAAGUUGAAUGUUUAUUUAUGUAACUUUGGAGCUUUCUUCCAGUGUCUUGUGCAGGAUUGUAUAUAGUCACUGGUGGUAUUGUACAGCUGUAUAGUUCUAAGAAUCUAUUGAUUGCUUGGAGAAUGAACUGAAGAAACAAGUUCCUUGAUCCUGAACUUGCCGAUUGCAUAUAGAGUUUUACGACUGUACUGGUGCAAAUUGAGUAAAUUUUGUUGUUUUGGAAGACUGAAAGUACAGCUAAGAUAGAUUGUCCCUAGCACUGGUUUGUGCAUGCUUUUGGAGUUGUUAAUAAAACAUGAAAGCCAUGCUUCUUCAGGGGACUGUAUCUUUUUUCUUGUACCCAGAAGAGGUUUUUGUUUUGAUGGGACAAUAGAUUGAGGGAGAAAGAUCAUGACUUUUAUAGUGUAUAUAACUUUGUUGUACUUUAAGGAAUAUGAUCCUGAUUCAGUGAAAGUAUUUAGCAUGUACUUAACUGUUGAUGCAUGCUGAAAUCUCACCGUGUUAAUUAUAAUACUUCAAUAUGCGUCAGCUCCACUAGUGUCAGUAGGACUUAAGCACAUGCAUAAGUAGCUUGCUGAAUUGAUCUCUAGUUAAUUCUAGAGACUUAGUGGUUUUCACCUCCUAAGCAGAGUUAGUCCAUUUACAGUUUUACCUUAUAGGUAUAGUGGCUAGCCAAGUAAUAUUUGAAGUUAAUGUUUUUCUAUGUUUUAAUAAUUAUGGGUAUUAAUGCAAAAUGUAUACUAAUGAAGCUGUAUACUUGUGUUCUGUUGGAGAAAACUUCUUCCUAUUGCUUGCUGAACUGGGCUGUAAUCCAGUAAUGUGUUCUCUGUUUGGUCUUUGCUCUUAAACUGUUUUUGCAUCACACACAAUUUUCUGCCAUAACUGUUUAAUUAGUCUGUGCUGUUUUGACAAAGUAUGUCUUGUAGACAAGUGAAGUGAAAAGAUCUGAUACGUGGAGGCCUAGUUGCAAUGUAU